GCAGCCAGGGCUCACUCACUCUCCUACUACUCGACACAGGUCUUUCAUCGUGUUACAGAUCGGUGAUGUCCUCUGCUCUUGUGCUGAGUGUAUUUAGUAAGAUUUGCCAUCAAGAGAAAAACUUGGAGGUUAUUUUGUUUAUGCUGUUGAAGAAGUAAAAGAAAAUGGCUUAAGCAAGAUGUGCAAUUACACACCAUACAACAAUAACGAUACUAAACUAGUUGCUUUUUAAAACACACACUGAAGUAAAAAGUAACUUUUACUUCAACAAAAAGUUAAAGAAGAACUAACAAAAUGAGUGAUCAUGAAAAAACAGACAGAAAUUUUGGUUCAUUGUACAAAUCAGAAUCAAGAAGAGCGAUGCAAAAUAAUUGCCAAAGUGAGCAUUUUAGGUUAUGGUCUAACUUUAACAAAACUCGUAGUGGCUCAACUAACACUGGCCCCAAAUUAUUCAAAGAUAAAAAUCGUAAUCAUAAAUCAGCGGAGGCUUAUGAUUCAAGGGUCAAUAAGGGUAGAAAACCCAAUGUUCAAGAACUAACAAAAAUUUUACUUGCCAUGGCAAACAAAACAUAUUGGGGCACUAUAACAGAUGUAACAUAUAAUUUAAUAAAUUUUAAACCAGAAGAUACUUUGGGUGUUAUGGAUUUAUUUGAUGGGCUUAAAAGACUUUGUACCAGAAAAACCCCAUUUAGAAAUGAUAUUUUACAAUCAGUUGUCAACCAAAAGUUUUUAAUAUCAGUUCAAACUUUCAUGUUAGAAAAUAUAAAAGAUUGCACAAAGACAGAAAAGGGGUGUGAACAAAUUAGAAAAUUUUUUGAAGAUUUCAUUCAAUUAUCCAAAUUUGCUGCUGAAGUUUUACCUAGUAGAUUUCUGGUUUACCUUAAAUGUGCAUUAACUUUAACAAGAACUGUUAUGGAAAAUUUAGAAGAAAAAGUAAUGAUGAAAAGUGUAAGUUCAGAUAUUGAUAAGCUGUUUAUACUGAUUGAUGAGAAAUCUAGAAGAGAAAAAUCUACAAAUCAAGAUGUUUCUGCUGAUGAAUACAAUGAGUUAAAAUUGAUAAGUAUCCUUCCCACAAGAAGGGAUCUGUUUGAAGAACCUCCAGAACUUAAGAAAAAUAUUAUAGAAGGUGCUUAUGCUGGUGUGGAUCAUUACAUAACAGUUCAGUUCAAACUUUUACGUGAAGAUUUUAUUGCUCCACUUCGAGAUGGUAUUACAGAAUAUUUAACUUUGAGUGACAAGUUUCAACGUAAACAGUCUGGUGUUUACUUUUAUCACAAUGUAAAAAUAUUACAUGCUUCUAUAAGUAGUGGUAAACUAGGUCACGUGAUACAACUAGAUCAAAAGGUUAACUGGAGAGUGGUUUCUCAAUUUUUUAUUUUUGGAUCAUUGCUGUUGUUUACAACAAACAACUUCAACUCCUUUUUCUUAGGGACUGUAAUUGAAGUUGAUAACAAGAAUAAGACUAUUAUUGUGAAGCUCAAUGAAAUGCAUAAUGAUGUGUGCAAUGAUAUAUAUGCAGAAGAGUUUACAGUUGCUGCUUCUAAAGUGUUUUUUGAGCCCUAUUUCCAUGUUCUGACCUCCCUUAAAAAAAUGAUAAUGGAAGAAUUCCCAAUGGAAAAAUACAUUGUUCAAGUCGAUCCACUUCCUAAAAUACCCAUUUAUAUUGCUGAGCAAAAUAAAGCUACUUAUCAAAUUUUUGAUGAACAAGUGAGUAUUUUGGAACCUUCUUGGCCAAAAAUGUUGAGCUCAUUUAAUCCAUCCCAAUAUCGUGCAUUCCAAGCAGCACUAACUAGUGAAUUCGUGGCUAUACAAGGACCUCCAGGAACAGGGAAAACCUUCCUUGGCCUUCAAAUAGUCACAGCUCUUCUUGACAAUGUAAAUAUCGAUUCGCCAAUUCUGGUUGUCUGCUUCAAAAAUCAUGCUUUAGAUCAGUUCCUGGAGGGUAUCUUGGAGAAAACUAAAGAAAUCAUUAGGAUUGGAGGACGGAGCCAGAGCGAAAAACUUGAGGAUUAUAACUUAAAAAAACGUCGUGCUCGUUAUGGAUAUAGAGAAUUUGCACAGAUCCUAGAAAAUCUAGCCAAAAACUAUUUUUCUAAACAGAAUGACAUUAAGAGUCUUAAAACAGAUGGGAUUGUUGCAGUUGAAACUCUCUUGCCAUAUAUUUCAUGUACUACAACCAAAUGGCAGAUGAUGAAAACCAAUAUUGUAGACUGGCUAAUGGAGGGACUGUAUGUUAAAACUGAUGAACCUGGUAAUUUGUCUUCACAACAAGGAGUUUUCCAAGGAAAAGAUAACAGUAAUGAGAAAAGAAGCGAAAUCCAAACAUAUUCUGAGAAUGGCAUCAAUGAUAUAAAUUGGCACAUGGAGGAAAACAGGAGAAGGUUAGAUGUGAUGUAUAUAGAUGAUUACUCUAAUGAGUACCAUGAUAUUACUAAAAUAAUCAAUGAACAUCAUGAUGGAAUGACAUCACAACAACCAAACACUUCUAAAGGAAUAAUUUCCGUGUUUGCACAGAGUAUUUAUGAUUUGCAGACUCAGUCUGAAAUAUACAAAAACAGAAUAAAAAUAAUAAGUGAAUGCAUUGCUGGAUUUGGAGGAGAGGAUUUAAUAUAUAAAGAAGAGCAAACAAUGAUAAUGGAAGCAUAUAGGGACAACAUGGAUGAUUUGAAAGCAAGAAUUCAAUAUUUGAAAAGAAUGCUUCCUAGAAACACCAGAAUGACUGAAGAACAAAAAGUGGAGUUGUAUAAGAUAAGUCAGCUCAGCGUGUGGUCACUGACUCCACAACAGAGAUGGAUGUUGUACCACUCCUGGGUAGAUAGUGUAAUUCAAGGUAUCAAGAAUGAGAUGCGCCAGUUAGAGGAGUCAAUACAACAUCUAGAGCAACAAUUGGAUGAAAAAAGAAAUGAAGUAGACCUGGAAGUUCUAAAAGAAGCCAAAGUCGUUGGAUUGACUACUACAGCAGCAGCUAAACUGAGACCUAUGUUGAACAAACUUGGAGCAAAAAUUGUGGUGAUCGAGGAGGCAGCUGAAGUGUUGGAGUCACACAUUGUAACAUCUCUCAGCAGUCACUGUCAACAUGUAAUUCUUAUUGGUGAUCAUAAGCAGUUAAGGCCAAAUCCUGCCGUCUAUGAACUCUGCAAGAAGUUCAACUUUGACAUCUCACUUUUUGAGCGGAUGGUGAAAAAUGGACUAAAUUGCUACCAGUUGGAUGUCCAGCACCGCAUGCGGCCUGAGUUCGCCUCACUGAUCGUCCCUGCUGUGUAUUCUGAUCUUACGAACCAUUCGUCCACGGAAGGUCGCCCAAACAUUCUAGGCGUCUGCCAUAACUUAUUCUUCAUGGAUCAUAACCACCCUGAAGAACAGAUAAAUGAAGUAAGCAGAAUGAACAAGUUUGAGGCUGACUUUGUGGUGAAGUUUGCCAAGUAUCUUCUUCAGCAGGGAUACCAACCUGAGGAAAUAACAAUCUUGGCCACAUAUGCAGGACAAGUCAGACAGAUCAUGAAGAUAAAAGAUAGGUUACCUGGAAAAUUAAGGAUUUCCACUGUAGACGACUUUCAAGGAGAAGAAAACAAGAUCAUCAUCCUGUCACUAGUUCGUAGCAAUAAUCACAAAAGUAUUGGUUUCCUGAAGAUUGAGAACCGAGUUUGUGUUGCCCUCUCACGGGCCAGGGACGGGCUCUUCAUCAUCGGUAACAUGGAGUUGCUUGCAGAAAGCAGUCACAUUUGGCCCAAAGUGCGGGACAGACUACUUGAACACAAAGCUUUAGGCAAUUCACUGAGCUUGUACUGUCAAAACCACCCGGAGACAAUCUCUGCUGCUAUGAAAGCUACUGCAUUUGAUGACAAGCCAGAGGGAGGUUGCCAGAGAAUGUGCAAGGCAAAGUUGAAGUGUGGCCAUUUGUGCAAGUUCCAUUGUCACCCCAGAGAUACCGACCACAAGGAUGAGUAUAUGUGCAAGGUCAAAUGUGAAAGAAUAGUCUGCCGAAGGAACCACAUCUGCUUGGACAUAUGCGGAAAAGCUUGCCCUCCCUGCAUGAAGCUUGUAGAUCAUCAGUUGCAAUGUGGCCACGUCAUGAAAGCAGCGUGCAGCAGUGACCCUGGCAAGUUAAUGUGUAGAGUAGACGUACCCUAUGUCAUGCCCACCUGUGGCCACGAAAACACAAGAUAUUGUGGGGAAACUGUCAAUGAGGCAAAUCAAAGAAAAAGAUGCAAAAUGAUCUGUGGUAAAUUACUGCCCUGUUCACAUCCUUGUGGGUUCAAGUGCCAUGUGGGAAUUGAAUGUAGAACGGAUUGUAUGGUUAAGGUGGAGACAUUUCUGGAUUGUGGGCAUUUGGCUAGCACAGAAUGCAAAAACAUAUUCCCUGAGGCCAAAAAAGUGGCUUUGAAAUGCUCUCGAAUGAGAGAAAAAACACUGACCUGUGGCCAUAUCAAAGAAAUACCUUGUUCUUUGUAUAACGAAACAAAUCUGCCUGGCUUUGAGUUCUCAGACAUGGUGGAUUAUAAUGCUUCGACGCAGUGCUAUCAACCUUCUGGAGAUUUGUUUUUGUGUGAGAUGAAGUGCUCGAGGGUUCUCCCUUGUGGGCACAAGUGCCAGAAGUUGUGCUGUGAGUUGUGCAAGUGUACUGAACUUUUGCAGAAGAAAUUAUCAUGUGGUCACACAGUACAGUACCGAUGUGGUACAAAGAAGAAGAACAUAACCUGUGACCAACCCUGCGAACUUUUACUAACUUGUGGUCACAAAUGUUCUUCCACCUGUGGUCAGAAAUGUAGUGUGAAGUGUAACAUCCUUGUCGAAUUCACAUCUGAACUUCAGUGUGGUCACAAUACAGUUGUUGCUCCAUGUUAUCUCAAAAAUACUGCUCAAGAUGAUCCUGCUCUUUACAAAUCUUACCUUUCUGGAUAUUGCAAGGCAGCGUGUGGAGUUUUGUUGACUUGUGGUCACCAGUGUCCUGGUAUUUGCAGCAAUUGUUCAAAAACAGGCAUACACGCUGAAUGUAACCAACCCUGCCAGAGGAUUCUCCCUUGCAGUCACCCAUGUACACACAUGUGCAAGGAGAAGUGCCCUCCGUGCUACAGCGCCUGCAUCUAUCGCUGUAGUCAUGGAAGCUGUAAACGAGUCUGUGGUGAGCCAUGCCCUCCGUGUCAGGAGCCAUGUCCUUGCCAGUGUGUCCACAAUCGAUGCACCCGGCCUUGUUUCUCUUUCUGCGACCGUAAGCCCUGCAACCAGUGCUGUCCAGAGCUGCUAGCCUGUGGCCACCCUUGUUGUGGCUUCUGUGGUGAACUUUGUCCUGACCUUUGCACUCAAUGUGAUCCUGAAGCAGCAUCAGUUCUCAACAAAAAUCCGCAUAUCAGAUUUGUCAAGCUGGAAGACUGUGGGCAUGUUGUGGAAGCACCACACUUGGACAUAUUAUUUGCACACAGUACUUUGGUAUGUCCUCUGAAGUGUCCGAUUAAGACCUGUCAACAGCCAGUGUUGACUACAAAACGGUACAAGUACCAAAUUCAACAAAUAUUCAAAAACUCAUUGAACCUAAAAAAGGAACUUAUAAAAAUAGAAAACAUAACGAAUGUACGAGAAGAAAGAGUUAAAUGUACUGAACCUCCCAACUGGAAUCGUCAACAAAGAAAUGAGGGCUCAAUAAAGUUGAGCCGAAGCAAAUAUGGUCACAGUAGAUACAGAUUCUGAUAGAUAAGAUGCGGUGAUAAAUAUAUCAAUUAAUUUAAUUAUUUUCUUACAAGUAAUGUUAGUUGUUAGCUUGUCACAAUCUAGUUUAUUUUAAGCAAUAAUUCUGAACCGAUUUUAAGUUCAGUUGACUACCGUAACUCUAUGGAAUUUUGUAUUUUAUAAUAUAAAUGUUUUAAACAAUUUUAUUCAACAUUUUAAAUGUAAUUAGCAUAUUUUGUAUUUUAAUGAAUUGAAAUAAAUAAACUGGAUCAAUA